CUCCCUCCCUUUCUCGCCCACACUCCCACUGUAGUGUAACACAAUAAAUGAUCAUCAGUUGUGCCAUUUUGUGCUGAGACACUUGUGAAACACCUGGCAGUUCACAACAGCGCGUCACUCUUUUACUAAGAUGCAGCUGUGGGUUGUGCUCUGCUGGGCUGUUCUGGCCCUGGUUGGUGCUCACCAGUGUCCAGAUGGAAGACGGUGCGAGGAAGGUCAAACCUGCUGCAGUGACCCGGCCAGUGGCUUCAAAUGCUGCCCCUUCGAUCAGGCUGAGUGUUGUGAGGAUCACAUCCACUGCUGUCCUGCAGCCACACUCUGCGAUGUAGCCACAUCCAGCUGUGUGAAUGCCACCGUGUCCAUGCCAUGGGUGGAAAGAACAUCUUAUAGUGACCCCAGACUCUCCAAAUCCUUCAGGAUGAUCAAAACAUACAUAGGAGAGGAUGAAGACAACGUCUGUCCUGACCUGUCACGAUGCCCACCUGAGUUUUCCUGUCUGAGGGCCUUGACAAAGUUUGGCUGCUGCCCUCUAGCUCAUGGAUCCCCCUGCUCUGAUGGGAAACACUGCUGUCCUGAGGACCAUCAGUGUAGCGGAGACAGUCGCUCCUGCAUUAAAAGAGAACUUGUGACUGCAGUUCCAUGCAGCGAUGGAAAGUCUGAAUGUCCACAAGGAACCACUUGCUGUGAAACCCCAGACGGAAAGUGGGGCUGCUGCCCAAUGCCGAAGGCCGUGUGUUGUGAGGAUAAGGUACACUGCUGUCCUGAGGGGACCGCUUGUGACAUCAAACAGUCCAAAUGUAUUUCCUUGUCCACCAAAACAGCGAUGCCUAUGUGGGACAAACUCCCCGCCAGAAUAAGAGCAGAGUGGGAGAACCAGAAAGGUGAACACAUGACUGCAGAGGCAGCUGCUGACAGUGGAUCUGAAAAAACUCAGGACACCACAGCGAAUACGGUUCCUCCUUCACAAGAGGAAGUGUCUGUGUCAUCUGUUACUAAGGCAGCUGGAAGUAGUGACGUGCCCUGUAGUGAAACCGUAGCCUGUCCAGAAAACUACACAUGCUGUGGAAGCCAAUCUGGUGGCUGGAGCUGCUGUCCUCUACCAAAGGCUGUUUGCUGUAAGGACCACAAGGGCUGCUGUCCAAAAGGUAAAAGGUGCAACCUGGCUAAAAACACCUGUGAAGAUGACACAAGUGCCGUACCCAUGGUCACAAAGGUACCAGCCAUGCCUAGGCAAAAUGUGGAAGCCAGAACUGUUCCAUGCAACUCCACAGCCAGCUGCCCAGAUGGUACCACGUGCUGCAAGACCAAGGAUGGAGGCUGGGCUUGCUGUCCUUUCCCAGAGGCUGUCUGUUGUAACGACUUCCUACACUGUUGCCCGCAUGGCAAACAAUGUAACCUGGCUGCAGGGACCUGUGAUGGUGAGACAGGAGUCUUACCAUGGGCAGAGAAACUACCAGUCAUCCCUAGGCAGAAUGUGGAGGCCAGAAAUGUUCCAUGCAACUCCACAGCCAGCUGCCCAGAUGGUACCACGUGCUGCAAGACCAAGGAUGGAGGCUGGGCUUGCUGUCCUUUCCCAGAGGCUGUCUGUUGUAACGACUUCCUACACUGUUGCCCGCAUGGCAAACAAUGUAACCUGGCUGCAGGGACCUGUGAUGGUGAGACAGGAGUCUUACCAUGGGCAGAGAAACUACCAGUCAUCCCUAGGCAGAAUGUGGAGGCCAGAAAUGUUCCAUGCAACUCCACAGCCAGCUGCCCAGAUGGUACCACGUGCUGCAAGACCAAGGAUGGAGGCUGGGCUUGCUGUCCUUUCCCAGAGGCUGUCUGUUGUAACGACUUCCUACACUGUUGCCCGCAUGGCAAACAAUGUAACCUGGCUGCAGGGACCUGUGAUGGUGAGACAGGAGCUUUACCAUGGGCAGAGAAACUACCAGUCAUCCCUAGGCAGAAUGUGGAGGCCAGAAAUGUUCCAUGCAACUCCACAGCCAGCUGCCCAGAUGGUACCACGUGCUGCAAGACCAAGGAUGGAGGCUGGGCUUGCUGUCCUUUCCCAGAGGCUGUCUGUUGUAACGACUUCCUACACUGUUGCCCGCAUGGCAAACAAUGUAACCUGGCUGCAGGGACCUGUGAUGGUGAGACAGGAGCUUUACCAUGGGCAGAGAAACUACCAGUCAUCCCUAGGCAGAAUGUGGAGGCCAGAAAUGUUCCAUGCAACUCCACAGCCAGCUGCCCAGAUGGUACCACGUGCUGCAAGACCAAGGAUGGAGGCUGGGCUUGCUGUCCUUUCCCAGAGGCUGUCUGUUGUAACGACUUCCUACACUGUUGCCCGCAUGGCAAACAAUGUAACCUGGCUGCAGGGACCUGUGAUGGUGAGACAGGAGUCUUACCAUGGGCAGAGAAACUACCAGUCAUCCCUAGGCAGAAUGUGGAGGCCAGAAAUGUUCCAUGCAACUCCACAGCCAGCUGCCCAGAUGGUACCACGUGCUGCAAGACCAAGGAUGGAGGCUGGGCUUGCUGUCCUUUCCCAGAGGCUGUCUGUUGUAACGACUUCCUACACUGUUGCCCGCAUGGCAAACAAUGUAACCUGGCUGCAGGGACCUGUGAUGGUGAGACAGGAGCUUUACCAUGGGCAGAGAAACUACCAGUCAUCCCUAGGCAGAAUGUGGAGGCCAGAAAUGUUCCAUGCAACUCCACAGCCAGCUGCCCAGAUGGUACCACGUGCUGCAAGACCAAAACAGGGGACUGGGCUUGCUGUCCCCUACCAGAGGCUGUCUGUUGCAACGACCAUGAACACUGCUGUCCUUCUGGCACCACCUGUGACCUGACCACAGUCACCUGCAAGGGUGCCUCAGGCUCCUCACCCAUGACACGGAAAAAGCCUGCAUUUACUACAGUGGCACCCACUACAGUAGCCUUCAGCACCCAAAAACACGAAACAGGCAUAGUGGUAGCAGAGCAAGACGAGAAGUGGAAGGAGGAAGAUGAGGAGGAGAACACAGGAGCUCACAACAGAGUACAAUGUGAUGCCCACACCAGCUGCCCUCAAUACACAACUUGCUGCUUCAUGGUUUCUACUCACAAGUGGGGAUGUUGUCCACUGCCCCAGGCAGUGUGCUGCUCUGAUGGGAGCCACUGUUGCCCCAAACAGUACAAGUGUGAUGAGCACAAGACAUCAUGCAUCAAAGGGGAAGUGGUGAUCCCAUGGUACACCAAGCUUCAGGCGACCACCAGUGCUGAUGCUCCUCCCGGCUCUGAGCAGUGUGGCGGUCUGAAUCAGUGUCCUAAAGACACCACCUGCUGUCGGCUGAAGUCCGGCGAGUGGGGCUGUUGCCCGAUGCAAAACGCUGUGUGCUGUCCAGACCAGGAACACUGCUGCCCAAAGGGCUACACCUGCAACAUGGCCUCAAAGUCUUGUCAGAAGUUGCAUGUGGAGACUCUUCUACUGACACCUGUGUUGCUGCCUAAACAGCAACACCAGCCCAGUCCUGUAAAGUCCAAAGACGUGCCAUGUGACGACAAAACCAAGUGUAGAGAUGGGCAGACCUGCUGCAGGGUGUCUGCCACUAAAUGGGGCUGCUGUCCACUGCCUAAUGCGGUGUGCUGCAGCGACAUGAAGCACUGCUGCGAGGCCGGGUACACCUGCACUGACACUGGUGACUGCAUUAAGAACACCAGGUUCAACUGGUUCAACUGGCAUAUGUUCCGUGCCAAUGAAAAGAGAGCUCUAGUUGUGUAAAAUCAUUGUUUUAGCAAACUGUUGUUUAAUUUUUCGGGUGAUUCCCAAAUACAACAUAAUUUAAAGGGAUUUAAUGAUUGUCAUGAUUAAGUUAAAAGUUUUUUUCUUGUGCAUCUAAAUUCAAACUAACAUAUAAACCUGUGAUUAACUCAUUAACAACUAACAAACUCUGCUUCAUUAUAUAAGAAAAUAAAUGAAACACUCCACAGGCAGUGUCCACUAUCAGCUGUCUCUUACUGUGUGUUCUCCUUAAACUGCCUUUUUUGGGAAAAUACACUUAUCUGUCUAUAAUGAGUCCCAAAGCUGUCUAAUUCCACUUCAUGAUGAAGGAACAGUUCAUUUUGCUCCAUUGGUUUCUGUUCAGGCUUAUAUUUUUAUGUGCAGUACUUUAUCUGUGAAUUCAUUUUGUGGCAGCUACAAUGAUUAAAAUGUCAUCUUCGUUAAAGUAUACAUAGCAAUCUAGUGUUUUUAAAUGUGGCUGAAUAUUGUAUAGUGUGCAUCUGUUAAUGGGAUUCAACACUCACCAUAACAAAUACAAUUCACCUAUAUCUCAAAUGAAAUGAAACAUACGUGCUGAUUUACAUGCUUGUUUCAUUAACGUGAAUAAAUGGGAUAUAAUGCUACAA